AUGGCGCUGCCGCCGAAGAUUCUGAUUGUGGGAGGUGGUGUCUUUGGCCUAUCUACGGCCUUAUCUCUCAGCAAGCGCCACCCAGACUCCCAGAUAACCCUAAUUGAAAGCGCUCCGACAAUUCCUAACCCACACGGCUCUUCUGUCGAUACCAGCCGGAUCGUGCGCGCAGAUUACGCAAGCAGCGCCUACUCCAAGCUCGCUGCUUCUGCCAUCCAGAAAUGGCGCAGUACAUCCUGGGGUGCGGAGGGUCGGUAUACGCAGACAGGUCUGCUACUGGUGUACCCGGGCAACAGCGCCAGCGCAAAGAAGUACGCAGAGAAGAGCUACGCAAACGUGCGGGCGAUUGAGGGUGACAACGUCGUUUACCUACCAACGAAAAAGGACGUACUGGGUGUCGUACCGCCGUAUGGGGAGACACUGGAUGUUGCAGGAGGGUAUGUGAACUGGGGAUCUGGGUGGAGUGAUGCAGGCGCGAGUGUGAAGUUCGUCAAGAAAUUACUCGACGAGGAGAAGAAGGUGGUGUUCAAGCACGGAGAGGUGAAGCGCGUGCUUUUCGACUCUUCUUCCUCGAAGAAACGCGCGACUGGUGUGGAGAUGGUGGAUGGAGAGACCGUCAACGCUGACCUGGUCAUUCUUGCGACGGGUGCUUGGACUCCCCGGCUGGUUGAUCUUCGUGGUAAGGCUCUUGCGACAGGACAGGCGAUUGCGUAUAUCAAGAUCAGCGAUGCUGAGCAGCGUGAGCUUGAGAAUCUGCCUACUAUCCUUAACUUCGCUACUGGUAUCUUUAUCAUUCCGCCGCGGGAUAAUCUGCUUAAGAUUGCGCGGCAUGCGUAUGGGUAUCGGAAUCCGAUCACCGUCUCGGUACCUGGAUCGCAGUCUGGAGAGACGAUGCAGGUCAGUCUGCCUGAGACGGGGGUGCCGGUGCCGCUAGAAGGAGAGGAGGCGUUCCGUGUUGCACUGAGACAGCUUCUGCCUCGGUUUGUGGAUCGGCCGUUCGCUGGUACGAGGAUUUGUUGGUAUACUGAUACUCCGGAUGGUGACUUUAUUGUUUCAUACCACCCCGAAUACGAGGGUCUUUUCCUGGCUACAGGUGGCAGUGGACAUGCUUAUAAAUUCUUCCCUGUUCUUGGAGACAAGGUUGUUGACGCAUUGGAGGGUACACUGGAGCCGGAAUUGCGAGCGCUAUGGGAAUGGACCGAGGCGACACCGACAUCUGCCUCCGAGGAUAUAUUUGACGGUGAUGGUAGUCGGUCUGGUGAACGAAACUCGAUUUUGAAAGAUGAGCUGGCGAAGACCAAGAAGGCUGGCAGGGGCAGUAUUCUAUAA